UGCAUGUUUAUUUCAGUUUGGUUGUUUGUGAAGCUCGGGUGUGGCAGACCCAGACUUUGUGAAAUGAACACGGCAUGGCCGCAUCAACAAGACCGAUGCAAUUUCCUUUCAGCUCAGAGCUGAGACAGAAAAGCCUCUUCCUGCUGCUGUAUUCCUGUGAGCCGCGGUGUUUUCAGCUCGGUCAAUGCUUUCUGUACCAGCACAGGUAUCUGAUGCUCUCGCUAUAGCGAUACUUACAGUCACACCAUAGGCUUUUCAGCACCGUCCCUUAUUAAAUAUAACCAAUGAAUUGGCGUUUCCGCUGGUAUAGCCGUUUUGUACUAGCGCAGGCAUGCGACAAAAAACGACCUGAAGUCGAUAUAGACGUAAGGUAAUCAAUAUAUUGUAGCGAUGUGUCCUGCGUGUUGUGUUUUGUCUCACCUGAGCGCAGGUGUGGGGUGCAGGGGAGCGUGAUCGAGUCGUGACCCCGGUGCUUGUGAAUGUUGUCCAGUCGUCUUGUAUUUUUGUGCCUCGUUGUAUUUGUGGGGUCCGAUAACGUGUCUUUGUUGUGUCUGUAUUGUAUGUCUUUGUUGUGUCUAAAGGUUUCGUGUUUUCGCGGGGUUUGGUUUUGUGUGUAACGCGGCUGUGGGCUGUGUUGUUGUGACUCUAAACUCAACAAUAUGAAUUCACAGCUGUCCCAAAACCGCACGGAGAUAUCGGAACACCCUCCACACAGUUUAUUAACUUGUGGUGACAUUAAACUAAAACUAGAACAGAUCGGAAGAGGGCUGUAUUGUAAAAAGAUCUACACCUAGUUUUAAAAAGAACUCGAUACAGUUUGAAAACUUAAUGAAUAACUAAACUAAUCUCUACAUAAACAUGUUAUAAAGGCAUCGUCGGCUGUCGUGUAUCGUGCUUUUUAAACGCACACAUAUUCACUGUGAAUGUGUUUUAUUGUCAGACUUUAUCGUUUAAAACGCGUUCGGUCUGAAAAGCGGCCGUUAUAUUUGAAUUGUAGGCGAGCUCGAGCGGCAGCGCGAGCCUCCUGGAUCAGAGAAGCCGCGCAGCUCGAGCUGAGAGGCGGGGCUUCGGCAGCUCACUCGCACGCCGUGCGUGAGGAGAGAGGACGACAGAAAGAGGCGCGCAAAGACAUUUAUUAUUUAUAUGAGAGAUAAAAAUGAGAUUGGAGACUGCCAGUGCUUCAGAAAUGUUUUCUUGACUCGUUUUGAUCCUGUACAGACCUGUGUAGCGGGUUUAUUUUCUAUUUUUAUUUUGUCCUGUGGAUACUCUGUAGCUCGCCGAAACCUGACUCUACACAGCAGCUGCUAAACAGGAUCCCGUGUGCUGCCAUGGACAGUGUGAAGAUGGAGUCUGUCCAGAUUAAAGAGGAGUUCCUUGAACUUGUCCCCAUUAGAGUGGAGUUUUUUGGGCUGGCUUCCCUCCCCAUUAAACAGGAGCUCUGUGAGAUGCAAUGUGACAGCAGCCAGCCAGAGGUCUCUGAGAUUAAAGCUGAGCACAAUGAAUUGGAGAUCCCCCAGACAGAAGAACCCCUUCCUGUGAAACAAGAAGAGGUGCUGGAAACUGUCCUUAUUAAACGGGAGCCUCCUGAAGUAGAGUUUGAGCACAUGGAACCAGGGAAGGAAGAAUCUGAGGACUUCAAACCAAACACCCCUGAGCUGGAGCCUGUACGCCUGCGGGAGUGUAGCGUGGUGCUGGAGAGAAUCUGCGUGAGAGAGCAAGGCGCUGGAGAGGAAGGCUCUCCCAACAGCACGCAAGGAGGUGGAAAGGAAGACGGGCGCUCCCAUUCAGAAUGCAGUCUAGCAGGUUUCAGUCCAGCAGCUAAAGCGAGGGCGGGCGAUGGAGAAUAUCCUGACUGUGGGAAAGGUUUCACCCAGUUAGGGCAUUAUAAAACACAACAGCGAACUCACACAGGAAAGAAACUGCAUCGCUGCUCUGACUGUGGGAAGAGUUUCAGUCAGUCCUGCAACCUUGUUUUACACCAGCGAAUUCACACAGGAGAGAAACCGUAUCGCUGCUCUGACUGUGGGAAGAGUUUCAGUCAGUCAGGACACCUUGUUUCACACCAGCGAAUUCACACAGGAGAGAAACCGUAUCACUGCUCUGACUGUGGGAAGAGGUUCAGUCACUCAGUAUCCCUGAAAGCACACCAGCGAACUCACACAGAAGAAAAACCAUAUUGCUGCUCUGACUGUGGGAAGAGGUUCAAUCAGUCAGGACACCUUGCUUCACACCAGCGAACUCACACAGGAGAGAAACUGCAUCACUGCUCUGACUGUGGGAAGAGUUUCAGGUGGUCAGGACAACUUGUUUCACACCAGCGAAUUCACACAGGAGAGAAACCGUAUCACUGCUCUGACUGUGGGAAGAGGUUCACUCUGUCAGGACAACUUGUUUCACACCAGCGAAUUCACACAGGAGAGAAACCGUAUCACUGCUCUGACUGUGGGAAGAGGUUCAGUCAGUCAGGACACCUUGUUUCACACCAGCGAAUUCACACAGGUGACAAGCCAUAUUGCUGCUCCGACUGUGGGAAGAGUUUCCGUCACUCGGUAACUCUUAGACAACACCAGCGAACUCGCACAGGACAGAAACUGUAUCGCUGCUCUGACUGUGGGAAGAGUUUCUGUUUUAAACAAGGCCUUCAAAAACACCAGCAGACUUUUCACUUAUAAGGGGAAAAAAACCUGUUAACCUUGCAUUAUAAAUCCCUGUGUGUCUCAGUGUGUGAGAAUGUAAGUGUGUGUGUGUGUCUCUCAGUAUGUGAGAGUGUGUCUCAUUGUGUGAGAGUGUGU